GGGGGCAGACAAAGCGGCUAAUGAAUGGGCGCGCCCGUCGCGCUGUCCGCAGCCCGCGGGCCCGCGCCGCGGAGCCGGCGCCUCAGGUCUCUGAUGGGCCUAGAGUUUGGAGCGAGAACUGGGAAGCAGAGCUCUAGAAGCAUGGAGACGAUAAGUGGCCAUGGUCAUUGUCUCUUCACCCCAUGUCUGCGCUUUUUAUGUACCUGGCUUCAAAUACUUUAGUUUCUACUUCUGGUUGACCUGCUGAGAGGAGGGCAUAGGAAAUGAAGGACUGUGUGUACCCUCAGGAUGGUGGGGCUCCUGUCUUGGAGAAGAGGAAGAAGUCUGUGCUGCAUGCAUUGGUGUAUACAGUCUGUGCUGCAUGCAUUGGUGUAUACAACAAGAAGUAUUUGGUUGCAGUAUUCCUUCAGAACAGCACUCCAUGCCCUGUGACAGUGUGCUUGUGUGAGCAACAUACUUGGCUUUCCAGUGACAUUCAUGGUCAGCCAUAGUAAACAGCCUAGAAAAUGAGAUUAUGAAAAAGUGAAUAAAAUCUACUUAAGGGUUCACAAGUGGACAUUAUAAGCAGUUUUUAUUAACCUAAGAUGUCAGAAUGAUAAAGCAACCAGGAUAAUUAUGGUUGGUCAUGGAGGAUAAGCAAGAAACUUGUCCCGAGGGGGACAGUGAUUUUGUUUCUGACAAAGUAAAUUUCAAAACAGAGGAGGAAGAUGAUGAUCAAAUUCCUUGUCGCAGUUUGGAACAAGUGGACUUUAAAAGUGAGUCAGAGGAUAUGAGACAGACCGACAGUGGCGAUGAACAGGCAGAAAUCAGGGCAGCAAGCUGUGCCUGUCAGCCCUCUGGGAAAUUUUUACCUGCCGAGAGUGAGGAUGACUAUGGGUCACUCUUCUCCCAGUAUAGUAGCACACUGUACAACGUAGCCAUGGAAGCUGUGACCCAGAGCCUUCUUUCCAGUCGACACAUAAGCUCCCGGAAGAAGUCUCCAGCCUGGAAGCAUUUCUUCAUUUCCCCUCGAGACAGCACUAAGGCAAUCUGCACAUACUGUAUGAAAGAGUUCAGCAGGGGCAAGAAUGAAAAAGACCUGAGUACAAGUUGCCUCAUGAGACAUGUGAGGCGGGCACACCCCACCAAGCUCAUUCAAGAAAAUGGAAGUCUAUCAGCAGGGUCCUCCUUUUCCCCUCCCUCUCUUUUGCUUCCACCCCAGCCUGCAGAGGUGGGAGACCUGAGCACUGUGCUCUCNUCUNUCAGACUUGUCCAGAAAAUGGCUCCNGAGAGCCCAUCCCCUGACCAAAUAGUGGAAGAGUCUGUGACUGGAGNCUCUUCUGAAGAGGUGUCCUCCGAUGUGUCUGUCACUGAGAAGUACAGCAGAGAGGAGGCCUUGGCAGGCUCCUCCCCCAACCUCUCCAUGCUCCAUUAUGACGACACUUCAGAAACCAUGGCAGACAGAAACCUUUCCCUUCCCAAAAGCACAUCUGGGUCCAGGAGGAGGUCAGCCGUCUGGAAGCACUUCUACUUGUCACCCCUCGAUAGCUCCAAGGCUGUCUGUGUCCACUGUAUGAAUGAGUUCAGUAGAGGGAAGAACGGGAAGGACCUGGGCACAAGCUGCCUCAUCAGGCACAUGUGGAGAGCACAUCGCUCCAUUGUACUGCAGGAGAAUGGGGGCAACACAGGCAUCCCACCAUUGUACCCUAUGCCCCCUACCCUGCUGCCUGCCCUGCUGCCCCCAGAAGGGGAUCUCAACUCCGCAUCAUUGGCUCCAGGCAAACAAGUCAAAGAGUCGCCUUCUGCCUCCUCAUCCCCAGACAGGCUUCCUGAGGACCUGUCAUCACACACUAAUCCUGGGGAUGUUUCCCGGGAAGAUGCGUCCAUGUUGUCAUCCUCUGAUGACUUGGGGGAGGCCUCUGUAGUGUCCUCUCCAGAGAAGCAGCCAGCAGACAUGGUAAAUCCUAGGUUUGAAUCAGGCACCGUCUUCCAGCAGAAUAAGAAGGUGAUGAGAAGACUGAAGUCGGAAGUCUGGCAUCACUUUUCCCUGGCCCCCAUGGACAGUCUCAAAGCAGUGUGCCGGUACUGUAGCUGCGUUAUUAGUCGGGGGAAGAAAGGAGAUGUUGGCACCAGUUGUUUGAUGCGACACCUGUACAGACGCCACCCUGAGGUGGUUGGGAACCAGAAGGACUUUCUGGGUGCAAGUUUGGCAAACUCUCCAUAUGCCACUUUGGCUUCUGCAGAAAGCUCCUCCAAAUUAACUGACUUGCCAGCAGUGGUAAGAAAAAACCAUCANGGUGUGUUUCCUACUAAUAGCAAGAAGACCUCAAAGCUGUGGAAUCACUUUUCUAUUUGUUCAGCAGACUCAACAAAGGUGGUGUGCCUGCACUAUUUCAAUAUCAAAGACCCCCCCUAA